GAGCAGGGCUUGAAAUUUCCACUCGCCUGCUCGCCAACGGCGAGUAGAAAUUAUGGUGGGGGCGAGUGUGUCCCCCAGGGCCGUCCUGCUGAGCAUCCUCGUAGCUCAGGCCGGAUCUGUCAAUGGUACUGGGAGCCAUCAGACUGCUCAAUAGCUGAGCGCAGUGAAAGCAAAGCAAGGAGUGUGUGCUGUGAUCUCUGCCUCCCCCUAGAGUGCAGUACCCGGAUCUGUGAGUAAACAACAAAGUACUACAACUUUUUAUGGGGGGGGGUAUGUGUCUGUGUAUGUACAUGUGUGUAUCUGUACAUGUGUCUGCAUGUAUGUACACGUAUGUGUCUGUGUACAUGUGUCUGUGUGUGUGUGCGUGUACGUGUGUGUUUGUGUGUAUGUACGUACAUGUGUCUGUGUGUACAU